GAUCCCGCUUCGGCUGUCUCGUUUCUCUCUCUCCCCCUCUGGCUUCGAUCUCUUUCAGAUUUCUCUCUUAAAUUCCGCAGUUUUCUUCUACUUUCCUUCGUUUUCUCUCUGAUUUUCAUUUCAAUCUUCAAUCGUUUUCUGUUUCUGGACCGCCUUAUCUUCGAAUCAUAACUUCAUUUUUCGGAGUUUGUUUGAAGUUUUCGAAACCCUAACCCUAGGUUGUUACACUUUUCGAGAGGGUUUUGAGGUCUCAGAACUCAAACCCUAACCCUACCUGAACCCAGACAUUCUCCUUUUCCAUUCGAAGGCUGUAGAGAGCUUCUUUGAGAAGAGCAAGCAAUAUACCUGAACGAAAAGUAAACCUGGGUUCUGAAUUCGCAUCAGUGGUUCUAGGAUUUGCUUCAUACUUUACAACAGUCUAGUUCUGUACCCAGGAAUUUUUCAAUGGCAGAACGGCGGAGUGGAAAUGUCCAAGCAUCAAAUGGGAAGGCCACUGGAGCAGGAACUGCUUAUACCAUUGACUUGAACAGCUUCAGUAAGCGGUUGAACAAGCUUUACUCACAUUGGAAUGAACACAAAUCUGAUCUAUGGGGCUCUGUUGAUGUCAUUGCAAUAGCAACACCUCCGGCUUCAGAGGAUCUGCGGUAUCUGAAGUCCUCAGCACUCAGCACUUGGUUGCUUGGUUAUGAGUUCCCAGAGACUAUAAUGGUUUUCAUGAAGAAGCAGCUUCAUUUCUUGUGUAGCCAGAAGAAGGCCUCUCUGCUUGGAGUCCUGAAAACCUCUGCUAAGGAGGCUGUGGGUGUAGAUGUUGUGAUACAUGUGAAGGCAAAGACUGAUGAUGGAAGUACCCAGAUGGAUGCAAUAUUCCAUGCCAUUCAAGCUCAAUCAAUCCCCACUAUUGGAUACUUAGCAAAAGAGGCUCCUGAAGGGAAACUUCUGGAUACAUGGUCUGAGAAGCUAAAAAACUCAAGCAUUGGGCUGAGUGAUAUGACCAAUUGGUUGUCAGAUCUCUUUUCCAUCAAAGACAGUAUUGAGCUUACAAAUGUUAAGAAAGCUGCCUUUUUAACUGCUUCUGUUAUGAAGAACGUUGUGGUUCCAAAUCUUGAAAAUGUUAUUGAUGAGGAAAAGAAAGUCACCCAUUCUUCAUUGAUGGAUGACACGGAAAAGGCCAUAGUUGAUCCCACUAAGGCAAAGGUCAGACUGAGGGCUGAGAAUGUUGACAUAUGUUACCCUCCUAUAUUUCAAAGUGGAGGAAAAUUUGAUCUCAGACCCAGUGCUGCAAGCAAUGAUGACUAUUUGCACUAUGAUCCUCCCAGUGUGAUCAUAUGUGCUAUCGGAUCCCGAUAUAACAGCUACUGCUCAAACCUGGCCAGGACUUUUCUGAUUGAUGCCAAUGCACUGCAGAGCAAUGCUUAUGGGGUUUUAUUGAAGGCCCAUGAAGCUGCAAUCAGUGCAUUGAGGGCAGGGAAUAAGAUCAGUGAUGUGUAUCAAGCUGCCCUUUCAGUGGUUGAAAAGGAUGCUCCAGAAUUGGUCACAAAGCUAACAAAAUCUGCUGGAACAGGAAUUGGUCUUGAGUUCCGUGAAUCAGGGUUGAGUAUUAAUGCCAAAAAUGAUCGGGUACUGAAACAAGGCAUGGUUUUUAAUGUGUCAUUGGGUUUUCAGAACUUGCAGUCAUCAGAGAACAACCCAAAAAACCAGGAUUUUUCUCUAUUGCUUGCAGAUACAAUUAUUAUCGGUGAAAAGCCAGAGGUGGUGACUUCACUGAGCUCUAAAGCUGUGAAGGACAUAGCAUACUCAUUCAAUGAGGAAGGCGAUGACAAUGAAGGAGAAGAGAGGCCAAAAGCCAAAGCGGAGUCUCAUGGCCCAGAGACCUUGUCUAAGACAACACUUAGGUCGGACAACCAGGAAAUUUCAAAGGAGGAGCUUCGGAGGCAGCACCAGGCAGAACUUGCCCGCCAAAAGAAUGAAGAAACUGCUCGGAGACUUGCCGGUGGUGGUUCUGCAGCAGGAGACAAUCAUGGUGCUUCCAAGACCUCAAGUGAUCUGAUUGCUUAUAAGAAUGUCAAUGAUGUUCCCCCUCCAAGAGACUGCAUGAUUCAGAUUGAUCAGAAGAAUGAGGCCAUCCUCUUGCCUAUCUAUGGAAGCUUGGUCCCUUUUCAUGUUGGUACUGUGAGGACAGUGACCAGUCAGCAGGACACUAACCGAACAUGCUAUAUCCGAAUAAUAUUCAAUGUCCCAGGGACUGCCUUUAAUCCUCAUGAUGCAAACUCCUUGAAAUUCCAGGGAUCUAUAUAUUUGAAGGAAGUAUCCUUUCGCUCCAAGGACCCUAGGCACAUAAGUGAAGUCGUACAGGGGAUUAAGACCCUCCGGAGGCAAGUUGUUGCAAGGGAGUCUGAGAGAGCUGAGAGGGCAACCUUGGUUACCCAGGAGAAGCUUCAACUUGCAGGGAAUAAAUUCAAGCCAAUAAAGUUGUUUGGCCUUUGGAUUCGUCCUCCUUUUGGUGGCCGUGGAAGAAAGCUGUCUGGUACACUAGAAGCUCAUGUAAAUGGGUUUCGUUACUCUACCUCUAGGCCAGAUGAGCGUGUAGACAUCAUGUAUGGGAACAUCAAGCAUGCAUUUUUCCAGCCAGUUGAGAAUGAAAUGAUCACUCUCAUUCAUUUUCAUCUUCAUAACCACAUAAUGGUGGGAACCAAGAAAACCAAAGAUGUGCAGUUCUAUGUUGAGGUGAUGGAUGUGGUACAGACCUUGGGAAGUGGGAAGAGGUCUGCCUAUGACCCUGAUGAGAUUGAAGAAGAGCAGCGAGAGAGGGAUCGAAAGAAUAAAGUGAACAUGGACUUCCAGAGCUUUGUUAAUCGGGUGAAUGAUCUUUGGGGGCAGCCCCAAUUCAGUGGCCUUGACCUUGAGUUUGAUCAGCCUCUGAGGGAGCUUGGUUUCCAUGGGGUACCUUACAAAUCCUCAGCUUUCAUCGUCCCAACCUCAAGUUGCCUGGUUGAACUGAUAGAGACUCCUUUCCUUGUGAUCACCCUAGCUGAGAUUGAGAUUGUGAACCUUGAGAGAGUUGGUCUUGGACAAAAGAACUUUGACAUGACCAUUGUCUUCAAGGACUUCAAGAGGGAUGUACUUCGGAUUGAUUCUAUCCCUUCCACGUCAAUUGAUGGCAUUAAGGAAUGGCUUGACACAACAGACAUCAAGUAUUACGAGAGCAGGCUGAAUUUGAACUGGAGGCAAAUUUUGAAAACAAUCACUGAUGAUCCCCAAAGCUUCAUAGAUGAUGGGGGAUGGGAAUUUUUGAAUAUGGAAGCCAGUGAUUCAGAUAGUGAGCACUCAGAGGAGUCUGACCAAGGUUAUGAGCCAUCAGAUGUGCAAUCUGAUUCUGAAUCAUCUUCAGAUUCUGACAUUGAAUCAUUGGUGGAGUCUGAGGAUGAUGAAGAGGAUGAUUCAGAGGAAGAAUCUGCGGAAGAGGAGGGCAAGACUUGGGAAGAGUUGGAGCGGGAAGCAAGCAAUGCAGACAGGGAGAAAGGUGAUGAAUCUGAUAGUGAGGAGGAGAGAAAGAGAAGAAAGACGAAAGCUUUUGGAAAGGGUCGAGCACCUCCCCCUGGCAGCAGAGCUUCUGGUGGCAGUGCUGCCAAGCGACCUCUCCCUAGAAGCAGACCAUUUUCUGGUAGCAGUUCCAUCAAGAGGCCCAAGAACAAGUGAACAACUAGGUAGAUAGAUAUCUAGUUUUAGUUUCUCUUACCCUUUGUUUUAGCAGUUUAUCAACACACAUAGCCGCAGCUGACACAGUAGUGGUUUUUAAAUUAGCUAAGAACGGCCCUCCAUUCUUGUCCUCUUUUCAGGGCAAGGGCUGAACAGGAUAAUGCCUAGACAUUAAGAUUUGCUUGUAAAAAUGAUGGCAUUAGUUUGAUCGGAUAUUAACCAACCUCCUCCUUUCAAGAUUCUCCCAUUUGCUUUUGGUCCCUUAUCUAUUUGCUGGCAUGAUUCUCUCCCUUCUCCCCAAUCUAAUUCUAAAAGCUAGCUCAAUUGGUA